AUGGAGGGGGACGGGAGGAAGGAGGGCGAGACGCCGGCGGCGGCGGUGAGAGGCGUGGCGUCGUUCGGGGCGUCCGUGCAGGAGUGGGGGCAGCACAUGAAGGCCAGCGUGGUGGGCGUGUGGCGGAAGGCGACGGCGAGGAGCGAGCAGGAGGCGGCGGAGGCGGACCUGCGCGCGGCCAAGGAGCAGGUGGAGGCCACCGACGAGGCCGAGGCCAAGAAGAAGCGCCUCGCCGGCUGA